UCGCUGGGACGUCAGUUCAUUCAGAACAGUCGAAGUGCGCAGACCACUGGGAGCGAAACACCGGGAGAAACCAGGCCAGGAGUCGAAGUCGACCUCCCACCUCCAGCCAGAUCCGAUUCCGAAUCCUAUUUGGGACACCAGCAGGUGCAAGUGAAGUGCCGCUCGCCGUCAACAUGCCACGCAUCUCGUUGCCCGGCAGCAGUCUGCUGCUACUCCUGGCACUGAUCCUGUGCCUCAGUCCGCCCAUCCGGGCGGUGCCCGCCUCCGUGCUCGCCCAGGACACGGAGCUCUCCACCAGCGCCAACCAUAAGCUCCAGCAGCAGCACCAGCAACAGCAACAGCAGCACCAGCAACAGCCGGCCGCAGCGAAACGCGCCGAGGAGGCGAGUGCCGUGCCCACGGCGGACAAGAAGUCGAGUCCGGAAAUUGUGCCCGCUUCCUUCAGCAACGCCCCGUCGGCCCGGAACAGCCCCAUUCCGAUUUCCAGCCAGCAGCAGCAGCAGCAGGUGCCGUCCGGUGUCUACGCGCUGCCCUCCAACGAGGAGAUCCUGGCCGCGGUGGCGGCCGCCGCCCAGAACAGCCAGCAGCAGCUGCAGGAGGAGCCGUCCGCCCUGGAGGAGGCGGUGGCCAGCUCCACGAUGCGCAAGCGGGGCAUCAACUACGAGUACAACCCGUACUCCGUCGCCUCCAGCGACUACGGCAGCGAUGUGCCCAGCGGCGUCUGGGCCGACGACUACGAGGCCGCCGUUCCCGUCAGCUACGGCGAGCGGGAUCUCCAGGAGCUCGAUGACUACCUGCCCGAGCGCAGAGUGAGCGGCUCGAGUGCGCGCAACAAGGCCUACGACAACCUGCAGAACCUGUUGAAUGCCGAGGCCUACCUGGAGAGCAUUCCCCUCUCGGUGCCGCUGACCUAUGCCAACCGGAACUACAACCUGGACGACCGCAGCAAGCGGGGCAUGUACUACAACCUGGCCACUCCCGGCGCCAAUGGAGCGAGCAGUGGCUACAACGGCGAGGGUAUCAGCCUCAACAAGUACCGGCGAUUCAACGACAUGCGACUGAAACGCGACACCCAGCUGAACCCCGCCGACAUGCUGGCCCUGGUGGCCCUCGUGGAGGCCGGAGAGCGGGCGCGCAAGGAGGGCGAUGUGGAGAGCUCCGGGCCAGUGCCCAUGAUCGCCGCCGAUGACCUGGACUACGUGCCCGCCGGCAGCUGGUUCGAUGUGCCCGUGCAGACGGACUACUACGGCGCCGGAGUGCCGCUGGACAACCAGAAUCAGAACCAGAACCAAAACCAGAACCAGGCGAUGCCCAAGUACGACUACGUGCCGCGGCAGCACAAGUACAGCGGGGUGAAUAGCCGAUUCGGCUCCUCGAAGCAGCGCUACAUGGUGGCCAAGAAGAAGCGCUCGGUGAGCCAGAGCCAGUUCAUGAACGAGCCGGUGGCCGAACGCGGAUCCAGCUAUAAUGGCGAGAAGUACUUCUAAGGAUCCAAGGAUGCCAAGCGAGGAUAGUCUAGUAGUACUUAAAUAAUAGCCACAGGCCCCACGAAGAGAAUUUCUCGUUUUUUUUAACAUAAUCCAAGAAACCAAAACCAAAAUGAAAAUGAAAAAUGCAAACUUCAAUUUCUAAUUCAAUUAUGGUAAUGAGCUAGUGUCAAGGUCAACUCGUGUGCAAUUUUUGUGUAGAACUUCACUUUUAAACCAACUAACAAGAAUAUAAUUAUUGUUACAUGCAUGUGUGUUACACUCGUGUGGUGCGUCAGGAACAUAAUCAAUCAGUGUUUAGGAUCUCCACCCACGGAAUCCACACCGAACUAAACCGAAUCUAUAUCCACGCCACUGUAAUCCCUGUAAGAAAUCGGUGUCUAUGGCAACUAAGGUACAACUACUGGAGUCCGCAACUAUCUGUAUCUACUUGUGUAAUACUUAUCGAACUAGAGGCUUCCCGACUAGUACAAAAUCGAGAGGAGAACGUACAUAUAUAUAUAUAUGAAAGCAUA